AGAGGCUAACCAACGGAACAGAACGGUAUGGACGAUACAGAACAGUGCUACAGAACUCUCGCUGCUUCUAGAACGAUGGAUGUUCUUCAAAUCAGCGGCGGUAGAUCCAAGAGGCAGAUGAGUAAAGGGAUGCGACUCUGGCUUCGGGCUCGAACUGGCACGCCGUCUGGACGGGCUGGGGGUGCCGCAGACUGCUCUUCCAGGUUGCGCGUGCUGCCGCUAGAUGUCACCUCAGACCAGCAGGUGGCUGACGCCGUGGUCUUUGUCGAAGCGGCGCUCUCGGAUACAACUGGCGCAGAGUUAUGGGCGGUGGUAAACAACGCAGGAAUCGGCGACUGCGGCGAAGUUGAUAUCACGCCUCUGGAGAAAUUCCAGAAGGUGCUGGACGUAAACACGAUGGGCGCCAUAAGGGUCUCCAAGGCAUUCCUGCCGCUCCUCAAGAAGUCCAAGGGCCGCCUCAUCAACGUCACCAGUCCUUAUGGCAGAUUGCCAUUUCCGAUGGUGAGUACUUACUGCUUGUCCAAAAGUGCGCUGACGAUGUUCACCGACGUCUUGAGAAUGGAAAUGAAGAAAUGGUCCGUCACUGUCUGUGCUGUCGAACCGCUAUUAUAUGAAACUGCUCUUACUGAUGCAGAAUACUUGCAGUCGAAAUAUGUUGAAAAUACAGAGAAGACUCUCUCGGAUGAGAAAGAAAGCAUUCGACAGGCAGCAAGAAAGAAUUGUGAGGUAAUGCUUAGAGCAUCCAAGUGGCUCGCCAAGAAAAACAUCUCAGAGGUCAUCGACGAGAUGGUGAUAGCCUGCGUCGGGCAGAAUGUACAGAGAAGAGCCACUCCAGGUUUCCUAGAAACAAUAAUUCUCACUGUAUUUGCAAAACUACCUGACUGGCUGAAAGAGUUCCUAGCACAGCUAGUCAUCACACUGGUGAAAAUUAUAUGGGGUUAAAAAGUGGAUGAUGUAAUGUUGACUGGGAAAUUGUACUGCAGUGGAUAGAAAAUGUGUGCAGACAGUGAAGCAAAGAAUACAGUCAGUAUUUGCAUUAAAACACGUGGAGAUCAUCUGUCUUUGUAUUAUACGAUUAACAACUGUAUUAGUGCAUAUUUUACGAAUUAUUUGAACUACCUGUAUUUAUUUUUAUUAUAUUUCUAUUUUUAUUUACUUGUGCAGUUCUUGAGACAGUUGUUUUGUUAUUCCUAAGAUCCAAGUCGACAUGAAAUGAAGAGGUCUCUUUGAAAUCAAAAGUCGAAUAGAAAUAAAAACACAGGAAGCACUAUCCGGUCUGUCUUCAAUCAUUAUGCUGAACAACAUAUAUGUACAAUCAUUAAAUCCUCAUAUAUCACACUUCCUUGAAUUUAUUUUCACCAUAUUUCCUCCAAGGAAUGUUUUGUACAAACAAACCUGGAAAUUUUACUGCU